AUGCAGUCCGCCACCGGCAAACGCGUCCUGAGCACGCUUGCCUCCAAGAUUCACCCCCAGCUGCCGCUGUCCCCGCGAGAGAGUCAGCAGCUACUGUCUCUGCUUACCCAGUCCUUCCGCGCCCACCUCGACCGCGAACACCCCUUCCCCCCCUCGGAGAGCACCCAGAGAGCGCCUUCCCGGCAACUGCUAAUUAGUAGUGGGCAACGUGCCUCAUCCCCGCACCAUGCAGCCGCUUCUUCCUAUGCCUCGACCACCCAGCAUCUGGACUCGAUCCUAAACAACCCACUGUUUGCAGUCAAGCCCCGCCGGAGAGGGUCGGGGUCUGCCGCCAUCGAUGUCCUGAGAGACCCUGUUGGGUGGUUUGUCAAUGAGAUAGCGUCUGGUUCUGCUACUCUGCAAAAGGCGGCCAUUUGCCUCGAAGUGCUCGAGAAAACGACAAAUGAAAGCCCAGCGGGGCUCAAGGAUGGAGUCACACCAGCAAAUGUGCUCUCAGAAUGGCUGCGGACCAGUGGCUUGGACACAUCGCGCGAGUUCUUGGAUAUGUGUAUAUCAAAGUCGGGCAAUGGCAGUAGGUUCCUCGACAGGCUGGUGGCUUUACAGUUGGUCGAGGGCGAAACUUCUGCACCGUGGCGCUGGUUCAUCCGAUCGAAUGAGCAGCGUGUCAAAGAAACCGGCCUGGACAUCUCAAGAGUGACCAAGUUCAGACAACAGCUUCUGGAGAAGAUGGUAUCCAUUGAGGCAAACACAAGCUUGAACAGCGGCCUGGCUACGUUUAUGCAAGCUUUCCGCUUCACGGAGAAUGCGGGCUACGAGUCAGCACACAGUGUGUUGAGGACCGCUGGGGGUCGUCUUGUCAACCGCAUCAUCUCCAGCCGGGACCAGUCCAUCGACCUGGAAUUGUAUCAAUCAUUCUCAUCAUCAUCGCAACGUUGGCUUGGAAGCUGGAGCCGAGCCGUCGAGGCUAUGCUCUCCCUCCAUCGACCUUCAGAAAGCAGUCCAAUGCCAGGACUCAAAUUCAUCGAGGACCCCACUGGAGCCGUCACAUUUGCACAGUCAUCACGAAGCCGACGCAAUUUCCUCGUCCAGCUAUGCCUGGGUGUUGCCAGACAACUUUUGGAACAAGAGAAGUUUUCAGAAGCACAGGUAGUCAUGGAAUUCACCAAGAUGCACUUUGCAGAUCUUGUGCUACCAAAGCCAGCAACCCUGGCGCAACCAGCAUCAGAGUCGUGGAGCGUGCGCAGGGAACAGCAGAACUUGGAAUUGCUCGACCAGCUGAUCCCUACUUGA